GUGUGACGCACCGCUUGGCAGUCAUGUCGGCGCUGAAGUCAGACCGCUCGCUGUUGGAGUAGUGAAAAAUCAGUCUUAAAUAGCUCGUUCUGCAGCUGUUAUUUUGGAGAAUGCUGCAUCCGAAGACUGUGCGUUAAGAGGCGUCGUUGUAUCGGUCACAGUGCGGAUUUGUCGAGUGCAUCUGUUUGAACCAUGGCGUCAUUGUCAGAGGAGGUAUUGCUGGUUGUGAAGAAGGUCCGUCAGAGGAAGCAGGAUGGCACCCUUUACCUGAUGGCUGAGCGCAUCGCUUGGGGGCCGGAGGGCAAAGACCGCUUCACAGUGAGCCACCUGUACGCCGACAUCCGCUGUCAGAAGAUCAGCCCAGAUGGUAAAGCCAAAGUUCAGCUCCAGCUGGUCCUUCACACUGGAGAGAGCACCACAUUCCACUUUGCCAAUGAGAGCAGUGCACUCAAAGACCGAGAUGCUGCCAAGGAGCUGCUGCAGCAACUGCUGCCCAAGUUCAAGAAGAAAGCAAACAAAGAGCUGGAGGAGAAAAAUAGGAUGCUUCAAGAGGAUCCAGUGCUCUUCCAGUUGUAUAAAGAUCUUGUAGUGAGCCAGGUGAUCGGUGCCGAGGAGUUCUGGGCAAACAGGUUAGGAGGCGUCAACAACACAGAACCUGCGACGUGCAACAACAAACAAGAAGUCGGCAUAUCCGGAGCAUUCCUGGCAGAUAUUAGACCUCAGACAGAUGGCUGUAAUGGCUUGAGAUACAACCUGACUGCCGACAUUAUUGAAUCCAUCUUCAGAACGUAUCCUGCAGUGAAGCAGAAGUACAGUGAAAACGUGCCUCAUACCCUGACGGAGAAGGAUUUCUGGACACGCUUCUUCCAAUCCCAUUAUUUUCACAGAGACCGUAUCAACACAGGAACGCAGGAUAUUUUCUCAGAGUGUGCCAAGCAAGAUGAGAAAGGGUUGAAAUCUCUGGUGACUCAAGGCGUGAAGAAUCCUUUGGUUGACCUCCUCUCGCUGGAGGAUAAAACUUUAGACGAGGGAUUUGGAAUUUGCACAACACAACCCUCAACGUCCUCCUCAAACAGGACAGUGAAAGAGAACAGCAACGCCGCCAUCAUAAAGCGGUUCAACCAUCACAGUGCCAUGGUGCUGGCGGCAGGCUCUCGCAAAGGGGAGGCUCCGACUGACCAAACCAGUGAGACGAGCAGUACGGACGGAAACUCGAGAGACUCUGACUUCUUUCAACCUCCUGUGAAGAAGGUUAAACUACAAGAAGCCAUCGAAUAUGAGGAUCUACAAAGGGAAAACAAGCUGAAAACAGUCGCACUAAAUCUGAAGAAGUCUGACAGAUAUGCUCAUGGCCCCGUUCCACUUCAGUCCCAACAAUAUACGACCAGCCAAGACAUCAUCAACUCUGUCAGCUACAUCCAGCAUGAGAUGGCAAACUACAAACCCAACCUUACUCAGGUGUUGUCCAGUGCAGCUGCCAGUUCUGCCAUCGCAGCGCUUUCUCCAGGUGGCGUCCUCAUGCAGGGAGGCACGCAGCAAGCCAUAAACCAAAUGGUACCAGCUGAGGUUCAAGGAGAGUUGAAGCAUCUGUAUGUGGCAGCUGGAGAGUUACUGAGACACUUCUGGUCCUGCUUUCCGGUUAACACGCCGUUUUUAGAGGAGAAGGUAAUAAAGAUGAAAUCAAACCUGGAGAGGUUUCAGAUGACCAAGCUACAUCCAUUUCAGGAGAAAAUUCAGCGUCAGUAUUUGAGUACAAAUCUCACAGGACACUUGGAGGAGAUGUUGCAGACUGCAUACAGCAAGUUCCACAUCUGGCAAACUCGGCGGAUGAUGAGGAAAACCUGAGCGCCGGGGAUGUGUCGAAAAGAAGACGAGAGACGUUGAUGCACGUGGAGGAUAAAUGGGUUGUGAAGGUCCUCUAACCUGCUGUGAAGACCAGAGCACAGCCUGACGGAACAAAGUUCACAAGGGCUACAUGAGGACGAGAGAGGGACGCUGCUAUAACUCCAACCGUUCGACAGAGACUAAUUGCAUCUCAGUCUAAAAAAACUGUAAUUAGGUUCUUUCUUUUUUUCUUUGUGUUUUCUCAAUGGUUGAAAGGUUAACGGUGGCAAGAGGACGUUUAAAAAAAAAAAAAAACGGUGUAAUGUGACCAAAUUUACAGAUUGACAUAAGAAAAACAGGCUCUCAGGUCAACAGACUGAAGUGUGGGGGAUGCAAGCGGAGGACUGCCAAUGUGUUUCUUCAGCGUACAAAGCGGAGAAAGACAAUCUCCCCUUCUGAACACUGGCAGUGAUUUGUGAAACCCAGCAAAUCGGAAGCCAGAGGGGAACGUGAAUAUAGCAAUACUGUAAAGACAUUUCACACUCGAGUGCAUUAGUGUGUGUGUGUGUGUGCGCGUGUGUGAGUCAAAUCACACUGUCACUGGUUUGUAACGUCUGCACUAUCUGUCUGCACUGA